AGAGAAGGAAAACAGGUUCAUAAGUUUAUUUGCAAUGUUUUGUUGUGUAAAGAAAAAUAAUGUAGAAUAUUCUUGCUAACCGCACAGUUUCAGCGCGUUCUAGAUUUAAUCUAAAAUGUCAAGGUUCUUGGACCAGAGAAUUUUGUUCUUAGUAAUUUCAUUUUUAACAAGUCUGCAGAGUACAAAGGUGCUUUCGGAAUGGAAGAAGUGUGGUGAUCGGGAAUGUGAGACGGCAAUGAGCAGAGUUCAAGCCACUACAGACUUCUUAGGGCCUGAUUGCCGGUAUCUUAACUUCAAAACGGGGGAAGAGAUAAUGGUAUACUCCAAACUUUCAAGGAAAAAUGAAAAUUUGUGGACAGGAAGUAAAGGAAAGGAUUUUGGAUAUUUCCCAAAAGAUGCUGUGAAGGUUGAGGAAGUUUUUAUUACAGAAGAAGUUGAAGUGCUCACCAAGGAAACUGAUUUCCUUUGUCUUCACGGAGAUAAGUACACUUUUGAAAAUGAAGAUAGCGCAUUACAUGAUCACAACAAAGACAGUGAAUAUUCAUCACCUGACGCAGAAUCAAAGCUGCAUGAAAAUGAACUCUUAAAACAUGCAAGAGACUCCAUGCAAAAGGAAGAAAGAGUUGAAUCAAUUUCCGAAAAUGAUUCCAUGGAAUGUCACACUCAGGAGGAGUCUGCAAGUGACAAGUUGGUUAGAAAAAAUGAGAACAGAAGAGGUGACGCUGAAGACCCAGAAAUGCAAAACAAUGUCCCACCGGAACCUGUUCCAACUCAGUCUAGUUGGAUUGCAGGAUGGUUCAGCACUGGAAGUAACAACAACGAAGAGCCCUUAGAAGCCAUUACUGAAUCUUUAGAAGAAAAUACAUACCGAGGCAGAAAAAUAGCGGUAACUGCUGAAAAUGACUUACAGGAGCCAAAUGAUAAGGAAGAACAAGAACCCCCAUCAUCUGCCUGGUUUCAAGGUGGACUGACGGACUUUCUGUAUUUUGGUGAAGAGAAGGCGGAUGUUGGUUUGGCAUUGGAAAAAAAUGAUACACAAAUCCAUGAUGUUUCUGAUAUGCCAGGACAUUCCAAUAAUGAACAGGAAACAGCAGUUACAGAGUUACUGACAGAAGAAGAAAAGACCGAAAGCCAAGAAUCCACAUCAAAUUGGUUUAAUUUGGGUUUAAGUAAUGUUCUUAAUUUUGGCCAUGCUGAGAAGGAUGUAAUUCCUAUGGAAGACCAGCCAAGCAGAGAAACAGAGAAUGAAGCAAAUAAGAAUGAAGAAGUGCAGACUUUAGACCACAGAGGAUCACACAUAGAUGAAGAAUCAAAGGAGACAGUUAAAGCAGUGACAGAUGAAGAGAUUUAUGCACAAGAAAUAAUAGAUUCAAACAGCAACAUGCCCAAUCCGGAAGAGAUACCAGCAAGUGUGCGUACUCUGAAUGAUACCAAAAGCACCUCAAAUAGCAUAGAAUCAUCUUUUGAUAUACUAACACAUGACAAAGAGAAGGCAACUGAACCUUGUUCAGAACAAGACUUGGUCUCAGAAAGCCAACUGCUGAAAAACACUGAAGAUAAAAAGAGAAAUGAGGAGUCGGAGAGCAAACAUGGCCAGUCAGGAGUAGGCAGUAGAAGAAAGCUACUAGAAAAAACACGAGAGAAGGAACUUGACAUGAAUGCAGCUGUAGACAGCGAACGUGGCAGUGACCAACAUUCAAAAGCAACAGUGAUUCCUUCAGUGAAUUCUGAAGUGACUUCUAUCUCAGAUGCCAUCCAGAACUAUGUUCCAAGUAAUGAAGGAGGUUGGAUGUAUCAGAUAUUCCUGUGCUUGAAUGCCCUUGAGAUCCGGGAAUCAAUAAAAUCUGUAUUUUCAGCAGUGAAGAGCAUUAUCACAAAGGCUGUGGCUUCACUGCCUGAAGAUAUGAGGCCUGGUCCUGAUCUGUAUGGUUUCCCGUGGGAAAUAGUGAUUUGUGCUGGCGCUGUUGGAGCCUUUACAAUUCUCUUGUUCCUGUAUAGAAGUUAUCAAUCAGUUAGAAGUCGACUUUAUGUAGGAAGGGAAAAAAAGCUUGCUAAUAAAAUUGCUGAACUAGUUGAAGAAAAAUGUGAAAUUCUUAAAAAACUCAGCCUUUGCAAAAAACAGUUCGAAGAUUUAGAAUUGUCUCUGAAGGAUGAUAACGUUACGAAAGAAUCAACAGAUACAUCUUUUCUUGAGGAAAUGCAUGAAAAACUGAAGAAGUCAAACAUGGAACUCAAACAAGAAAUAGAGAAUCUAGAAAAAGAACUGGAAGAAGACAAAUCUAAGCAAUCAGAAAAUGAUAACUUGGUGGCUGAAAAUCAGAAGCGAGUGGAGUCUUUAGAGAAUGAAGCAAAAUCCAUCCAGUCACAAAUCGAUGAGGCCAAGUCCACCCUAAAAGUAUAUCAGAUUAACACAGAGAGACUCAAGACAUCCAUUCAAGAUGCAGUAGAUGAAAACAGCCAUCUCCAGGAAAGUGAGAAACAGCUUUUACAAGAAGCUGAAGGAUGGGGUGAACGAUUUAGUGAACUAAAUGAACAAACGAAGAUGCUUGAAACUUCCAAAGCAGAUAUAGAAGAAGUAUUGAAAAAUAAAGAGGGUCAAGUCAAGUCACUGACACAAUACUUACUGAAGAUGAAAGACUGGAGUUCAGCAAUAAGAGAAGAUGAUGACACUGAAGAUAAUCACUGGGACACGGAUAUCAAGGGUGAAGCAGAGAAUGGGGAGCACUUAGAUGAUCAGCAAAAACGAACUGUAAAGAAGUUGAUCUAUGCUGCAAAGUUAAAUGCUUGUUUAAAGACCUUGGAAACAGAAAGAGAUCAAAUGUAUUCCAAACUGUCUGAUGAAAAUAAAGCUAAAGGAGAGCUUACAGAACGUAUAGAAAACCUUCAAAGUCAGCAAGCUUCCUUGCAGUCUGAAAAGGAACGUUUUGAAAAUGAAGUUCAAAAGCUUCAGCAGAAACUUAAAGUAAUGACUGAGCUUUAUCAAGAAAAUGAAAUGAAACUACACAGGAAGCUGACAGUAGAAGAGAGAGAACGCCUACAGAAGGAAGAAAAGCUUUCUAAAGUAGAUGAAAAAAUUAAUCAUGCUGCUGAAGAACUAAAUAGCUACAGAGAGCGAGCAAAAGAUCUUGAGGAAGAGCUCGAAAGAACCAUUCGUUCUUACCAGAACCAGAUUACUUCACAUGAGAAAAAAGCUCAUGAUAAUUGGCUAACAGCUCGAGCAGCUGAAAGACAUCUCAAUGAUAUUAAAAAAGAAAAUGCACAUAACAGACAAAAAUUAACUGAAGCAGAAUUUAAACUUGACCUUUUAGAAAAAGAUCCUUAUGCUCUUGAUGUGCCAGUUAGACCAUUUGGCAGAGAGCAUUCCCCAUAUGGACCCUCACCAAUGGGCCGGCCUUCAUCUGAAACAAGAGCUUUUCUUUCCCCUCCAACUUUAUUGGAGAGUCCUUUAAGGCUUUCACCUAUGCUUCCAGGUGGAGGAGGAGGAAGAGGAUCCAGAGGACCACCUGCCAUGUAUGAAGCUGGUAACGAAAGAGGAGAGCUGAGUUCUGAUAGAUUAACUGAUCCCCACAGACCACCGUCAGAUACUGGAUCCCUGUCUCCUCCUUGGGACAGAGAACGCAGGAUAGUUCUGCCUCCACCAGUUGAGCCUUACACUGAUCCAGUUCCUCCUCCUCCUCGAAGACAAGAAAGAUUUUUCCCUAAUCCUCCAAAUACUGGAAGACUUUCCGGACCAGCAGAACUACGAAGUUACAACGUGCAGUCUUUUGAUAAAACAGAUGGACAGAUAUCUUCAGAAAAUAGCCCACAAACAGAACCAAGUGGAAAUGAAAUGAAAGAUCAUUCUAACCUUAGCAACUCGCUGCCUGACCAGUCCUCGGCACCUGAAAGCGAAGCUGUUGGUUCAGGGUUUGCUCCUCCACCUUUCCCUCCAGUGCGACCUCCGUUCAUGCCUAUGGAUCCCAGAGGGCCGUUCAUGAGACGAGGACCUCCUUUUCCUCCCCCUCCUCCUGCCGGCAUGUACGGACCACGGGAAUGUUUUCCAGUACGAGACUUUGGGCUUCCGCGCCCUCCAAUGCCAAUAAGAACCCCCUUUCCCAUGAGAUCUUACCCUCACUAUCCGCCGCCACGACCCGGAUUUAUGCCGCCACCACCCCCUCCUGAACACAGAGCUGAACCACCUCAGUCCAGCCCAUCCCCUGCAGAACCACCCGAACCACCACAGGAGACCUGACAGUCACAGGGGCAACGCGCUGUACCCUUCCUCUACUCCUCUCAUGGCAUCUUCCCUUCAAUUCUCAGGAUAGUACUUUGUAAAUAAAGAAUGAGAUAAGUAUGAAUAUUGUGAAUAAGUGAUUUCCACUGUACAAUAGUCAUUUUAAAUUAAGUAUUUCUAACUUGAGUAAUCUCUUCAGAGGUGUAUAAAAGUCCAAGCUGCUUUAUCCUUGUUUAGCUGUACAGGGGAUUCUCUGCAUGCCAAAAGUGAUGCUUGCUGCUUUAUGGAUAGAAUGUGAAAAGAAAUGGAAACAGUUAAUAAAAGUCUACUGAAAAUGGA